GAGGUUAGGCAUAAAGGAUUCGGGCCUGAUCAUGCACAUUUCCAUUGUCCACCUCUGCGCCACUGCAUUCGCCUCUCCUCCUCGCCCUCGUGCUUCGUCGAAAGCUGUGGAAGAUUUGCCAAGCGGAUUUGAGGGCAUUUGCCAAGCGGUUGAUGAGACAGGGGGGGUGAUCAAUCAGGAAAUUUCGGCGCAGUUGAGUUUCGAAGGAAAGUGUCGCGAGUGUCGAUUGAUAGGUCGCGAUUAGAGUUAGUUGAUUGGAUAUACGAUGCUUGAGCUGGGAAGUUCGGUGUGAUGAUUGGAUUGGCGAACGAUCGACUCUGAGAUUGGGCUGAAUCCUAGACUAGCGGGCGGGGACGUUUCUAAUUAAGUGAUCUGAAUUCGGUGAGGUUGAAUUUGAAGUUGGACGUGACAAACUUUCUACGCGAUUUUUCUUUUCGAUCUCGUCAGCAUUGCUGAAACUUCGUCGACAAGAGUUUGACAGGAUCGUGACGCCGACAAAUUCUCAAUGUCUGAACGGAAUCGGAGGAGCGAUACUUCCUCAUCGCAGUACCGAGGCGUAAGAAUGCGGCGAUGGGGGAAGUGGGUGUCUGAAAUCAGAGAUCCGAUUAUGAAGAAGCGCAUUUGGCUCGGCAGUUUCAGAACCGAAGCCGAGGCCGCUCACGCCUUUGACGCUGCAGCUCUAAUGUGCUUGCGCAAUCCCAUGUCUCAGCUCAAUUUCCCCCACUACUCCUACAUCAUUCCUUCGGGCUCUGCGGGCUGCUUCUCCACACGUGAAAUUCAGGCCGCGGCUGCAGCCACUGCGGCCGCUUCCGCUGGGCGAUCGUUUUCGUAUAAUGGUUUUACGCAAUCGUCCACUUCGGCGUCCUCCGACAGCGACGACGCGCAGGAAAUAGAAGACAUCACAUACGAUGAACACCAAAGAUACACCCAUCCAUCGGUCCCGUCUUACUCGUGCUCUUCGUACGCCAGAAGCUGGUCAAAUUUCGACGAGGAUAUCGAUUUGGUGUCCGAAAUGGCGCGCGGAAUGCUAAUGCAACCGCCAGCGCCCGAUGACGACGACGACGGCGAUUACAAUUACCCCGGGCCACUUUACCUGUGGAAUUAAUCGGUUCCGGUUUCCUCCUCUAGAUCACUGCAGAAAUUCCACAACAAAUUUUGACCCAUGGGAAUUUAGCAGGCAGAGAUUAAACCAGUAUCGUGUAAAGCAGCAUGCUGCUUUGAUUGUAUAGCAUAGUCAAGUUAGCGAAAGAGAGUGAAAUCCAGCAAUGCAACAGGUGUGCUUGUGGUUUGUAAAGUAGGGAAUUUGGAUUGUAACCCGGUGUCGUGGACGUUUUUCCAAGACACUGUGCGUUUGAAACACGUUCUCGUUUCAACGAAUUUUGUGACAACCCA